CAUGAAUUUUAAUAUUCAUGCUGAUAUUUGACCUCUGUUCGCAAUGAAGUUGGUUUUGAUUCGAUACGAUUUGAAGAUGGUUUACGAAUUCAGCGCCUGAUGGAAGAAAAACAUUCUUCGAUGCUGAAUAGUUAAGAAUUAAUUUACUCUAUCACCCCCACUCCCUUUUAGUCUAAAAUUGACUAAUCAUUAUUACGUAGAACUCUAAUCUCUGUGCAUGUAAAUUACCUUACAAUCAUUUCAUGAUUUACAUAGAUAAUAUACUAAAAUAUUUAAAAUGUAUCAUUGUACAUUUAACAGGUGCAAUUAGAUAAAUAGACUUUUAUAUAGAUAAAAAUGUAUUACUGCUAAUUAAAAUUAUCAGGAUAUGGAAUUAUCACAUUAAUUCAAUCAAUAUUUUAUCUUAUCCGACGUUUCUCAUAUGAAAUACAAUGAGACUGAUGACUGGGGUAAUAAUCAAUGAUAACAGUGAAUAGUAAUCUUGAUACCGAUGAUCUCCCUUACCGAGACUUAUGCCUAAAUGUGCCGCCGUCUGUAGUCAAUAAGUUACUUCUAAACAGUAUCGAUCAUAUUUCAUUUCAAAUAUUGUUAAAUCAAUCGGAAAAUGGGCUGGCUGGAAAUAGUUUGCGGCUUGAUUUUAUUGCUGCUAUUCUUUUACUACCGGGCAGUAAAAUCUUUCCAGUUCUGGAAAGAGCGUGGAAUACCAGGACCGGAGCCGAUGUUUCUAUUCGGCAACGUUUUACCAGUAUUUAUGGGACUAAUAUCACUCGGGGACCAUGUGACGAAGUAUUAUGAACAAUACAAGCAUUUGCCAGUGUUCGGUAUGUUUAUAAGGAGUAACAGGGUUCUGGUCGUCAACGAUCCUGACAUAAUCCAGACGAUUUUGGUCAAGGACUUCUCCAAAUUCGCCAAUCGUGGAAUCGCUUUAAACGAAUCCAUGGAACCGCUUUCCCAGCAUCUCUUCUUGCUGGAACCAAAAAGGUGGCGACCUUUAAGGACCAGAUUAUCUCCCACUUUCACGUCAGGGAAGCUCAAGGAAAUGUUCUCGAUGAUAAUCGAGUGUUCCAAUACCUUCGAGAAGUACGUUGACUCGUUGAUUGCCAACGGCAACAACAUUGACGUACGAGAAGUAUGUGCGAGAUUCACGACUGACGUGAUUAGCAGCUGCGCAUUUGGCCUCGAUACGAAUGCAAUGUCGGGCGAGAAUAACAAAUUUCGCGAGAUAGGAAAGACUUUUUUCAAUAUGAGCCUGGUACAGAGAAUAAAAAUCCAGCUUAGGGAGGGUUUACCCACGUUGUACACGCUCCUUGGAUACAUCCUACCAAGGGACGACAUGACCCAGUUUUUCACUAAAGUUGUCAAUGAUGUGAUUGAUUAUAGAAGAAAGAAUAAUGUCGUUAGACAGGAUUUCAUUCAUACCCUGAUGGACCUGCAGGAUCAUCCGGAGAAACUGAGUAUAAGUAUGACUCUCAAGAAUUUAUUCAAACAAACAUUAAGGAAACUUCCUCCGAUAACAGUUAUAAUGAGAAAAAGUUGCGAGGACUACUAUUUCGAGAGUUUGAAACUGUCGAUUCCAAAGGGCACGAGGAUCUUCAUACCGACUUACGCAAUCCAUCGUGAUCCAGAGGUCUAUCCUAAUCCGGAAGUAUACGAUAUUAGUCGAUUCACGGAGGAGGCAGUCAAGGCCAGGCAUCCGAUGCAUUAUUUACCCUUCGGUGACGGACCCAGGAAUUGUAUCGGUGCGCGUUUCGCAAUCUUCCAGACGAAAAUCGGGUUAAUAAAGGUGAUUAAGAAUUUCAAAGUCGAUGUAUGCGAGCAAACGCAAAUACCGUUUAUAAAUGAUCCGAGAAUGUUAUUUCUAUCUCCGAAGGAUGGAAAGUUGAUUUUGAAACUCACGAAACUUGAAAAAUAAAAGAGUAUUUCUUA